GCAAUCAUAUUUACUUUUCUCUUUUGUUCUUAUAAAAUUAGAAUCCAGUUACCAAAUUACCGUCAAAGCUCAAAGCAAAUACCGCUUAUUUAUAUUUGUAAUUUAUAUGGCAAAAUUUAAUUAUUGUUUGAUUUUUUUAGACUGAAUAUCGUGUAAAAUCCUUGCAAUUCAAGAAUUGGCAACUAAUAAUGAAAUGCAUAGUGAUUUAAUAAGAUUCAAAAUAUUACAAUAAAUAGUGAUCUUCGGUACGCUGCGUUACUUCCAUACAUCUUGCAAAGCAUAUUUCAGCACCAUGAAGCCAAGUCCAAAAAAGCCGCUCACAUCGAAGCUGAAACAGCGCUCGAAAUCGUCCGUCAGCACCGGUAGUCACUCUAAUUCGACCGCUACCGGAAUGGCCUCAUCGGCGAAUUCGAACAACAUUGGGAACAACGUUUCUGGUUUGUCUCAUUCAAAAUCUAACCACCACAAUUCUCAAUCGUUGCGGACGACCGGUGGAAGUGACACGAAUUCCUCCGGCAAUGACGGGAAUAUCCCAUCUGUUGCUAAAGAUAAGAGUUCCUUUCAAUCGUACGCCGGUUUUAGUUCUCGUUCAAUAAGAACAAUUUGGGAACAGCAUGAUAAGCAGGAAACGGAAGUUUCCCCUGAGGUGUACAGCAAGCUCGCAGAGGACACAACCUAUAAGCUGUGGGAACUGACAAACAACAUUAAAACUUAUGGGCGCCACUCUAGUGGUAAGAUCACCUAUGAUUUGGUCAAUGAAGUUUUGAAGGACUGCGAUAUUCCACCAAUCGUGGGAGCUAACAAUGAACCGUGGGAUAAAAUAGAAUAUGACGGAGUUUAUUUUUUUAAUUCGGAUGAAGUAUUAGAUCUCCGCGAAGAGUACAUCAAGGAUGUAACGAUAGAGCAGAGUAACAUACCCGUAUUAACCACGACGUGGAUGGCAGAAUCGGCGAUCGCCGAAGAUUUGCUAGAGCUGUACAAUAAUGUGUGCGACGCUAUUUACAUAGGUGACGAGGAAUGUUUCGAGGAGGCCAUUGAAAUUUUGUCUUCAAACCCUCACGUUCCUUCUCUUAUGAAGCUGUUGCUAACGAAGGUCAUUGAAAUGCUUGGAUUUGAGUAUGCAGAAAACACUUUAACGAGAUCCCUCCAAUUCAUCGAGGCGUUGGUUCGAAACUAUCAUGUUGCACAUUCGGAUUUGACGCUGGAGCUUAGUUUACUAAGUCAAAUUUUUGUAAAUUUACUGCUCGGGCCUCCGAGCCUGGUAAAUGCAAAGUUUGUGCCAAGUCAGCAGUUGAAUUUGGAUCUACAGCCGCAGAGCCAUGCUUCUCAACAACAGCAGCCGCUUUCGAUUGCUCAAAACGGAACAGAAUCUUCACUUGGAUCCGGUCCUCCAUCUCAAAAUAAUCUCACUGAUCAGCUCCAGGCUGGAUUUAAUCACUCGGCGAUGGUUCCAAUGAACAUACUCGAAAAUCAGUUGACUGGUCCUUCGGAGGAUUCGAACAAUUCUAACUCCAAUACGACAGAAGAGUUACUGAGAAGCAUCGGAAAUAUUAAAGAAGGUCCGGAUGAGAUAGACAUCAACAAUAUCAAGGAUGAGUACGAAGCUUUAUUCUCGAUGGUUCAAGGGCUUGGAAAACAUGAGGAAGCAGUGGCCGAGGGCCAUGAAAAUAUCACCGGAAAUGAUGAAUUUCAAAUAAAGACUGAAUUUAAUAGCGAGUUUGAUGCUUCCUCCGCCCCAAAUUUUUUGACUCAGCAAAGUGGUGGCCAGCAUGUGCUAGAGAAAAAUAGACCAAGCUAUGAAGUUAAACAGGAAUUGGAUGUAAAACUGAAGGAAGAACCGGAGGAUCCCGAUGAGAACAUCAGUUUGCAGAUGUCGGAGAGCACAAACGGUGAGGUUAUCAAUCCGAACUCAACCACACUGGAGAGUGAGAACAUUACGACGAUGAUAUGUGGUGAUCAUUUGGUAGAUGACGUUAGUCGAAUAAUCGGCUUGUGUGCUAGCAAGUGGGGCUUUGUUGAGCAGGAGUGUACGUUUUUGUUGGUGGAGCGAUUGCAGCGCUACUUUGGUGGCGAUAAAAAACCCUUCGCUAUCGAUUACAACUGGUUGACACGAUUAGUGCGGGGCCUGUGGGCCGUGGGAGAGUUCGCUUUCCGCGAGAUGAGUCCGUACUUCGAAUGCAUCGAUCCCGAUAGCGUUCCGGAAUUCGUCAAUUGUUAUUUAAAUAGUGCCGCAGUAUUUCUCCGUGGACGAAGUGAUAUAUUCUUUCACGAGUAUCUAAACGAACUUUGCGCCGAUGGACUGGUUCCAUUCCUGUUUCAGUAUGAACAAUACAUAGAAAAGAAGCAUCAGAACUAUCAUCGCAUUUGUAAAUCCGCCAAUCAGAGUGAACAUUGUUACAAAAUUAAAGCAAAAAUAUUACUUAAGACACACGUUAAGUGUUCCUCGUUGAAGCCACCCCCUUCGGUAAAUGAUCUAUUUCCAGAACGAUCGGAAAAACAGCUCGGAAGCCUUAAUCUACAGCCACCAGCGGCUAGAUUUAGUUUUCGUUUUGCUGGCUGUCGACCGGUGGCGCUCAAGAAUAGUAGACAACGAAUUCUUGGUGGUGCAAGAUCGUCACUGUUCGGUGGCCAGGAAAGGCACGCAGCUGGUGGGCAACCGGCGUUGAGGCAGAACGACGCUUUGCUGCAGAGUUUCCACACAAAAGUUGUUAUCGCACGGAGGAAACUGUUACCGUCCGACACUAACCAGUGUAUACCCCAUCGCGUUCAUUGUUAUGGAUCAACUAUCAUUUAAGACAGCAAUAUAAAUUGUCGGUAUAUUCAGAUGAAAGCAUAAUCUUCGGAUGACUAGGUAAUUUCACGCAGUAUGGCAGUUUACUUUAUUCUUAAACAGAAUAAACUACAGGUUUCGAAAAAAGAGAAAGUUGCAAACUGUGUAGUCUAA